AUGGCAUCCACAAUUCCGGCGCUUACACGCUUACAAAUCCCACUUGAAGAGGUUAAAAAGGCCACCGAAGACUUUGAUGAAAAGCAUGUCAUCGCAAGAGGUGGUUUCGGAAAGGUGUAUAAAGGACAACUCUCGGUGUCCGGGAAGACGGUGAAUAUUGCUGCUCGCAGAUUAGAUCCAGAGAUUGGAUCACGGGUGAAUUUUGAGUUCGUGACCGAGAUUAAUACGCUUUCUAGCCUCGAGCAUGAGAAUAUAUUGUCUUUGGUUGGGUUUUGUGAUGAGAAUGGGGAGAAGAUCAUCAUAAAUGAGCGUGAGGCCACCAGGGGAAGUCUCUCAAUGCAUCUUAGCAAGCCAACCCUCACAUGGAUUCAAAGAUUGAAGAUAUGUGUUGGCGUUGCGCGUGCAUUGAGAUACAUCCAUAAUGAUGAGGGGGGGCGAGGUUCUAGUAUGAUACACCGUAACAUCAACAGCUACACAGUUUUAUUAGAUUCUAAACUUGAAGCCAAGUUAUCUGGUUUCGAGUUUUCUAAGCCUCAAUCGGUAAAUGACAUGGACCGGGAUGUCCGUUCGGAUCCUAUUGGCAUAACAGGGUAUAUGGACCCAUCAAUCAAAGAGACAAAAGGUGUAACUCACAAGUCGGACAUCUACUCUUUUGGAGUGGUUUUAUGUGAAAUAUUAUGCGGCAGGAAGGCUUUCCUUCCUGAUGCAGAUGCGGAUAAUAGAUAUUUGGCUCCAUUGUUCAGAAUUCAUUAUGACAAUGGAUCGCUGAAUGAUAUAAUCCAUCCGGAUCUACGACAUCAAAUGACCCAGAAAUCACUCGCCGAAUUCUCUCAAGUAGCUUAUUCUUGCUUAGAAGAGAAAAAGGAAAAACGUCCAAAAGUGAACGACAUUGUCGUUGCACUUGAGAAAGCACUGGAACUUGAAAUUUUGCUAAAAAAGUCAGAACACUUGAAGAUUCCCCUGAGUGAUAUAACGUUGGCCACCAAAAACUUUUCCAAGUCAUGCCAUAUAAGGGAUACCGAUUACUAUGAGAUAUACACAACACAACUCGAGCAUUUUGAUGAUGAAGAAAAUCCUUCUUUCAAAGAAAGGAAGAGUAACGGUGAGCUAUCCACGAGACACGACACUGUCGUUAUAUACCGCUUCUCCCCACGACAAGACAAGACAAGAGAAGAAAAGUUCUAUACAGAAAUCAAGAUGCUUCACACUUGCAAGCAUCCAAGCAUAGUCAAACUACUUGGAUAUUGUGAUGAAGGUUCUGAAAUCAUCCUUGUCAUUGAGCAUCUUUCUAACGGAUACCUUGAUGAUUAUUGGAAAAACAACCUCCAUAGUGAAAUGCCCGUGCUUACGUGGGAAACACGUUUGAAAAUAUGCAUAGAUGUUGCAAAUGCAUUGAACUACCUCCAUACUAAGAUGGAGGACCAAAAGAUGAUAUUACAUCAUGAUAUUAAGAGCAGCAACAUUGCUUUGGACAAGAACCGAGGGGCAAAACUUAUUGACUUUGGGGUCUCACUGUUACUGCCUCUGAAUCAAGAUGAUGAAGCUCGUGAUGAAAUUUUGGGAGAAGAGUUUUACAUGGAUCCAGAAUAUUCAGAGACUGGUAAGUACAUAAGAGAAUCAGAUGUAUAUAGUUUCGGGGUAGUUUUGUUUGAAAUUCUAUCUGGGAGAUUAGCCGAUGACUCGACAUACCUAGAAGAGAGUGACCAAGGGUUGGCGAUUAAGGCACGACGAUGCUUCAAAGAGGGAACACUGAUAAUGGAAAUGAUAGAUCCAAUAUUAGGGGAAGAAAGUGGUGAGAACGACUUAAUUCUAAAAAGAAUACCAAACAAAUAUUCUUUGGAGAAAUUUGUAAAAAUUGCACACCGUUGUAUAGCCGAAACUCAUGACCAACGUCCAACAAUGAAAAUGGUCGUCCAGGAACUUCAGACAGCCUUAUUCUUUCAGAUGGAGAAUGAGACUCAAUGCCUAGACAUGGUUGAAGAUGUCAAUGAAGUCAAGAAAUCCGUGGAACUUAGAUUGAGAAUUGCAAAUUGGCUAAAAAAACUAGAGCACUUGAAGAUUCCUCUCAGUGAUAUACUUUCAGCCACCGAAAACUUUUCCGAAUCAUACCAUUUAAGGAAUUUUGGAUACUAUAAUUCAUACACAGUAGAACUCGAGCAUUUUGAUGAAGGGGAAUAUUCUGUCAAAGAAGGAAAGAGUGAAGGUGAAAGACCCAGAAGACGCAGCAAUGUCGUUAUAAACCGCUUCGUCCCAGAUGAAGAUGAAAUGUUCUAUACUGAAAUUAAAAUGUUUGACACUUGCAAGCAUCCAAUGAUAGUCAAGCUACUUGGAUUCUGUGACGAUGGCUAUGAGAUGAUCCUUGUCGUUGAGCAUUUUUCUAACGGAUAUCUUGAUCAUUAUUGGGAAAACCACAACGGGGACGUGCCUAUUCUUACAUGGGAAAAACGUUUGAAAAUAUGCCUCGAUAUUGCAAAUUCGUUGAAUUACCUUCAUAAUGAGAUAGGGGACCGGCAGAGUGUAGUACACCGUGAUAUACAGAGCAACAAAAUUGUGUUGGAUGAGAAUUGGGGGGCAAAGAUUGCUGACUUUGGAUUCUCGAUAAUCCAACCCCAUAAUCAAGAUGAUGAUGAAGCUCCCUAUGUUGACAAAGAUGAUUAUUGGGAAACAGAUGUUCACAUGGAUCCGGAAUAUACAAAUACUCAUAAGUUGACAAGAGAAUCAGAUGUAUAUAGUUUUGGAGUAGUUCUGUUUGAAGUCCUAUGUGGGAAAUUAGCCAAUGACUCUAUAUUCAUAAAAGAGAGUGACCAAGGACUGGCGUUUGUGGCACGACGAUGCCUCCUGGAGGGAACACUUAUGGAUUGGAUAGAUCCAACAUUAAAAAGAGGACCCAACAAAGAUUCUUUGGAUAAAUUUGUGAUUAUUGCACAUAAGUGCAUAGCGGAAACUCAAGACCAACGUCCAACAAUGAAAGUCGUUAUCCAGGAGCUUCAGGAAGCCUUAUUCUUUCAGCUGAAGCAGUUAGAUGGGGUGUCUGUUGCCGAUGAAGUUGAGGAGGAUGAGAUUGACUGUCCAGACAUGGUUGAAGAUGUCGUUGAAGUCGAGAAAUCUGUGGAACUCGAGGUAAAAGAAUUGGAUCACUUGAAGAUUCCCCUCAGUGAUAUAGAGUGGGCCACUGGAAGCUUUUCCAAGACAUACAAUACGAGGGAUACUGAAUACUACAAAUCAUACACUACAGAACUCGAACAUUUUGAUGAACAAGGGGCGAAUGAAGAAGAAUUGCCCAGGAAAAGCAGCACUGUCGUUAUAAAUCGCUUCAACCCAAGUGCAGGAGAAGAAAUGUUCUAUACAGAAAUCAAAAUGCUUCACACUUGCAAGCAUCCAAGCAUAGUCAAACUACUUGGAUUCUGUGAUGAAGCUUCCGAGAACAUCCUUGUGGUAGAGCAUCUUUCGAAGGGAAGCCUCUACAAUCAUUUGUGGUACAACGAGAAGCAAAUUCUUACGUGGGCACAGCGUUUGAAAAUCUGCCUUGAUGUUGCCAAUGCAUUGACUUAUCUUCAUAAUGGGAUAGAGGACCGACAGAGUGUAGUACAUCGUAAUAUACAGAGCAACAGCAUUGCAUUGGACGAGAAUUGGGGGGCGAAGAUUGUUGACUUUGGGUACUCGGAAUUCCAGCCUCCGAAUCAAGAUGAUGAAGCUUCCUAUAAUGAAAAUGUUUGGGUUACAACUGUUUGCAUGGAUCCAGAAUACACAAAGACUCAUAAGCUCACAAGAGAAUCAGAUGUGUAUAGUUUUGGAGUAGUUCUGUUUGAAGUCCUAUGUGGGAGGGUAGCCGAUGACGAAAUAUACACAGAAGAGAGUAAAGAAGGUGGGUUGGCAUUUGUGAUCCAAAGUUAA